AGCAAGUCCUUGUCUGGGCCUCUGGUGCCGGAGUCAAAGGAGGUCCUGAUCCAGCCUUGGGAUUCCAGCAAGGACUUUAUCCCAUAUUCAGGAGGGGAAUCUACAGGUCUCCCUCAAAGACCCUCAGGACACUCUGUGGGCAGCCCCUCCACCAUCUCCUCGCUGCUGUUCAAAUUCUCACUUUUAUUUGUGUGCCACUUUUAAUUUGUCAAAGCACUGUCACAUCUACUAGCUCACCUGAUCUGUGCCACCACAUCAGAGGAUACAGAAAGGUGGUAUUAGGACAUCUGACAGCCAAGGAAGCAGAGACUCCAAUGGUUAAUGUCUAGCCCAGGACCACAGCUACUAGCAGAGGCUACACCUAUACCCCUGACUUCACAUCACACUCUGCCACACUCCCUCUCCUGUGUGAGGGCUCCCCCAGGAAAAGAGGAAAGACAGGAGCUAUUCUAGGCAAAGUAACCUUAAAUCUGAAAGCAGAAGAUGAAUUGCAAGGAAGUGCAGCUCCAGGACGUGUUCCCCUAUCUUCUCAUCAGAACUCAGCCAGCAGCCAUGGACACAGGCCUCUCUUUCCUCUGCACUGCUUCCCCACCCUGGUUCCCGCUGUGGGGUAGGUCCCUCCCAGACCAUUAUGGCUGGGACGUGCAGCAUCUUUUUUUCUCUGCUUCUCCAGUAACAGCUGGUUCUGCUCAACUCCCAAAGAUGAUUUUCAAGAACCCCAACUCUACUAUCUGCCUGGGCUGCCAGAAAGAGAAAGGGCACCCUCAGAGACACUGAAGACCACCCUCCAGAAGCCGCCAGCACUUUCUAUCAUGUGACUAGCUCUGGGUGCUCCUUAUCUAGCGAAAGGGGCUGGCUCAAAUGGCACAGAUAUUGAAGAUCUUCCUGAAGAAGACAGGAAGAGAUGCUCAGGUCAGGGAGGGAAUGAGACCCCUGGGGAAGGGACUCCUCCCAGCUGAGGAGUUGAUUAGAAGCAAUCUUGGAGUUGGCAGGAGCCUUAGAGACUGCCUGAGCCAGUCCAGGAAGCUGGCUGAGGAGCUUGGGAGCAAGAGACUAAAACCAGCCAAGUUUGGGACAGAAGGGAAGGAAAGGGUUGAGCAGUGAACAGAGAGACAAAGAACAGGCAGUUCCAAAGAGCCAAGAAUGCAAAUCAUUUGCAGACGCCGCCGGCGAGAACCUCCACCAAGGCUGCUGUGGGGGUGCCUGAUGCCACGAGCACAGCCACUUCUACACGUCACGGCGUAUGAGAAUACAGGCCACUGGGAGAGACUCGCAUCUGUGGUUUCUUCAAAAACACAGCAGCCCACAGUGAUCUCUCAUUCUUCCAUUUCUAUCACAUUCAGUCAUUACCCUCCAGCCACACUGGACUCCUUUCUUGUCCUGGAACCUAUCAAACUCUUUCCUGUCUCAAGCCUCCGCAGUCCUCUCUGCUUGAACUGUGGCUCCUGCAGAGAAAGCAUCAGAAUCUCCGGGGAACUGAUUGGAAAUGCACAUUCUCCAGCCCCGCCCAGAACUCCUGAAUUAGAAACCCUGGGGUGGGACAAGCAAGCCGUGCUUUCUGGGGCACAGGUGAUUCUGGUGUGUGCUGAAGUUUAAGAACCAGUGGCCGAGAACAUUCUUAGGUCUGCUCUUCUUUUGCCCGGCCCCUCCCUCGCGGAGGAAUUCCUUCUUAUUCCUCUCUGAAGAGUGGCUGCUGCCAAAAAACGUUUAUGAGAUGGCCUGGGUUUUCUUUGUUGAUUUAUCAUUUAGUUUGGAAGAAAUCAGAAGUCUCUUUAAGAAGCCAAUUUGAAACGUUCACCCAUGGGAACAGUUCUGGAUGAAGUCAGAAGAUCUGGAGGCAGCGCAGUAACACACGUAGGUUUUCUGGCCAUAUGGACAUUUCAGAGAAAACAACGCACAGACGCCUGGAGCAGGUGAACUGGCUUAAGUAGAGAGAAACUAAGUCAUUUGGGGAUAUUUAGCGCCUGAUGUCAAGACAGAAAUGUCUAAGAUGUAAUUAAAAGUUAUAUUCUAAUCUCAAUAGUAGCUAAGUACAGACUUAAACAUAAGCCUGUAUAUAACAAAAUAACCCCAGGAGAACCAAAGAAAAUCUAGAAAGUUGCUGCUAAAAACAGUUAUGUUAGUGAUACCUAGGAAAGUUUUUUUUCUUUUAACAUGUCAUGGUGGUUUACAAAUGAAAAUUGAGGCCGGGCGUGGUGGCUCACGCCUGUAAUCCCAGCACUUUUGGAGGCCAAGGUGGGCGAAUCACAAGGUCAGGAGUUCAAGACCAGUCUGGCCAACAUGGUGAAACCCCAUCUCUACUAAAAAUACAAAAAAUUAGCUGGGCGUGGUGGUGGGCGCCUGUAAUCUCAGCUACUAGGGAGGCUGAGGAAGGAGAAUCGCUUGAACCUGGGAGGCGGAGGUUGCAGUGAGCCAAGAUCAUGCCACCGCACUCCAGCCUGGGCAACAGUGUGAGACUCCAUCUCAAAACAAACAAACAAACAAAUGAAACAAAUGAAAAUUGAAACUUCACCCAUUUAUGGCUAUUGCCUAAAGAAUUUAUAAAUGCCUGGAUCAUUGCAAGCAUAUUGCUGACAUGUCUCUCGGUCUGCGUUACCCUGGUGGACAUCACCACACUCACCUGACAGGCAGUAGCUUCCUUCCAGUAAAAGCAAAGAAUCUGAAAGGAAUGGAAAAGGCUCCACACAGUGCCAUUUUAUAGAAGGAAAUGCAACAAGGUCACAGACCAGAAGGACAGCAGCCCAGGCCGGCUGGGCAUGGAGGAAGUCCCAGGAUGCUGCUGGGCAUGAACAGACCUCCUCAUACAGUGUGCCUCUGAAGAAAUAAUGCAAUUGUGUGGGGCCAGAGGAGCCACAAAUAGAACAAAGGGAGGAAAGGAAAAAUCAAUAUGCAGUAAAGAGGAGGAAGGGAGCCCAGCGCGAUGUCUGAAUCUCACUGGCAAGAAAAGGAAACAGGUGGUCUAAGCAGGCAACCCUUCACCCCACAUUGUAAUGCUGGGGCAUGGACGUGUUCCAUAGAUCACUCACUGAGAAGUCUUCACAAGAACACUCCAAGACAGACACUACUAUCCAUCUUCCACACACUGGGGGAUUGAGAGUCAGAAGGAUUAUACAGCUUGUUCAAAUUAUAAAUAAAAGCCCUGAGAUUUGAGCCCAGGGUCCCAAGCUCUUUCUAAGCCACCAUAGCUGCCUGGUCUAUAAGGCAACUCCCCGAAUAUGAGCUGCAGCGAACUUGGGGGCAGAUAGGACCACCUUACCUGUGUUAUGGAGUUGGCUUCCCCAGGAUGAUCCACCUGGGAAACAGCCUCUGGGGAAACCUGACUCCUUCCCCUCCCUGCCCUGCACAAACUGAUGUUAUCUCUGCAAGCAGUCAGAGGGAGAGCUGCAAGUGGCCUUCACUGGGGCCUCGGGAAAGGGACACCUUUCUCCUUAGCUCCCUGUUCCCAACUCUUCCUGGAGGAUGUGUUAUAGAGAAAAGGGAUACUCAGAGAAGCAGGAAAUGGCAACCUUGGAGCUCCCAGCACUGGAAUCUGCAUUCUUUCCUAGUUGGCCCCUUUCCGGGGGGAAAAGUGGGGGAUUCCUUUUACUGCUCCACACCCUGAGCCCCUGGGACCCAGUAGUGCCCCCCUCCCUCCUUUCCACCCUGCAGCGUUUUUCACUGGAGAGUAAAACAGAACUCAAUAAAUCAAAGUGGUUUCCCCAGCAACCGUGGGAGAAGCAGGUUUACUUACGCCAGGUAAAUAAUGCAUGAGCUCGGGCUGAGAAAUACAGUGACCAAGUUCAUGUUACUAACAGGUUCACUGAACCUCCAGGCUGGGCUUCUGAGCCGCAGUCUCAGGGGAUAAGGUUGCAGUUCCCCACCAGGCCCUCCUCUCCAAAGGAAUCCUUUCUGUAUUCAGGCUUUUUGUUUUUUGGGUAUUCUUUUUCUUUUCCCCGGUCUCACUGUGCUAUAUCCUACUCCCUGAAUCAGAUUGCCUCUGCCUUCGACAGCCAAGAGACUAGGUACCCAUUCUCUGAGAGGCUUCUCCUGCUUUAAAGACAGGGCAUAUAUUGGGAGAUGCUGGAUUUUGCAAAGUCAGGCUGGCUCCCUUGUCUCCUUGGGUCUGCCGGAAGACAGUUGGCUUCCAGAUCCAUUAGGUAUAUCUGACAGGUCAGCCAGGUCCCCACGUUCCCUGGCACAGAUGGACUGCCAAGAAGAAAUGUAAACUGAACCAAAUUGUGAAAGAACAACUUGUGAUGAAGACCGUGUGCUCCUCCCUCCCCCCGAGAAUAACUGAUACUCUCUCUCCCCUCUCAGAUGUUUGA